ACUUGGCAGCUGGAGUCAUUGCUUUAAGAGGGGAAAAGUGAAACAUUUACUUGGAUGGUUCUCCAGAGAAUGGCUCUGCAUAGAUCUCCAGAAGGUGAAAUUGAGUGAGUAUGACCACAGAGAAAUUCUAGAAAACAGAAGAAAACAAGAUGUCUUAUUGAGAAAGACCUCCUUCAACUUGACCAUGAGUCAAACAAGGAAGAAAAGUUCCUCAGACGGAGAAACUAAACCCCGGACUUCAUUUGUCAACAGAUUCCUCAGGGGCUCAAAACUCAGGUCCUCCAAAGCUGAAAGCAGAAAAGAGAGCAAUGACCUUAAAACAAGUGACUUCCAACCCAGUGAUGAGAAACAGACACCUGCCCCCUUAGACGCCGCCAAGGCUCUGUCUUCAGAAAUGGAACUGGGAUGCAAGACGCAGAAAAAUGGGCAGUUCUUGCAGAAGCUGGGCAAGCAGGCUGUCGACAAGGGCCUAGAUCUGAACAACUGCAGAUUGACGACAGCGGACGUGAGGGAGAUGGUUGCUUUACUGCCUUUUCUCCCGGACUUGGAAAAACUGGAUAUUUCCUGGAAUGAUUUAGUUGGAGGAACCCUCCCUUUCAUCACUGAACAAAUGCAUCUUGUCAACAAGUUAAAAAGCCUGAGGCUGGGCAGUUGCAGACUCACCACUGACGAUGUUCGAGCACUGGGAGAAGCACUUAAAGCGGUACCUGACCUAGAGGAGCUGAACUUGUCCUGGAACAGUAAAGUGGGAGGAAACGUGCCUCGGAUCCUGCAGGAGUUCCAAGCAGGGAGCAAGAUACAGAUGCUGGAGCUUGUGGAUUGUGCCCUCACCUCAGAAGAUGGGACUUUUAUGGGUCAGUUGCUCCCUGUGCUGCAAAGUCUUGAAGUACUUGAUCUUUCCAUGAACAGAAACAUUGGUGGCAGUCUAAACAGUAUUGCUCAGGGGUUAAAAAGUACCUCAAGUCUGAAAGUAUUAAAGUUACAGUCCUGUGGAUUAUCACAAAAGAGUGUCACGCUAUUGGAUGCUGCUUUUGGAUACUUGGGUGGGCUGAGGAAACUUGACCUUUCCUGCAACAAGGAGCUGGGUGGAGGUUUUGAAGACUCACCAGCUCAGCUGGCCACGCUGGAGCAUCUGGAAGUCCUGGAUCUUCACCAGUGCUCGCUAACAGCUGGUGAUGUGGUGUCGCUGACCCAGGUUAUUCCUUUACUCUCGCAUCUUCAAGAACUGGACUUAUCUGCCAACAAAAAGAUGGGCAGCUCUUCUGAAAACUUACUCAGCAGGCUCCGAUUUUUACCAGCACUGAAGUCAUUACUAAUCAGCAACUGUGCUUUGGAAAGGGAGACUUUCACCGCCCUCGCUGAAGCUUCCAUUCACCUCCCUGCUCUGGAAGUAUUUGACCUUUCUUGGAAUAAGUGUGUUGGUGGCAACCUGAAGCUGCUCCUGGAAACACUAAAGCUUUCAAUGUCCCUUCAAGUGCUGAGGCUGAGCAGCUGUUCCCUGGUAACGGAGGACAUGGCUCUCCUGGCAUCGGUAAUGCAGACAGGUCAUCUGGCCAGGCUGCAGAAGCUCGACCUAAGCUAUAACGACAGCGUGUGUGAUGCAGGAUGGGCUGUCUUCUGCCAAAACGUGUGGCUCCUCAAAGAAUUAACCGAGUUGGAUAUCAGCCUUCGGCCAUCAACUUUUCGAGAUUGCGGACAAUGGUUUAGGCACUUGUUAUGCGCCGUGACCAGGCUUCCAGAGAUCACUGAAAUAGGAAUGAAAAGAUGGAUCCUUCCACCUUCCCUGGAGGAAGAACUAGAAUGCUUUGACCGAGAUCACAGAAGCAGCAUUCGCUUUGACCAUGGUGGAUAUCAGUAAGCUGAUUUCCAAGGUCAUGACUAUGAUUCUGUUUAUAUAAUAUUUUUGAAAUAACAGAAUUACCGAGACAGAGAAUGGCUUAAGGACUGAAAGAGGAGUAGGUGGUAGAUGUACCUAAAAAAAAACAAAAACAAAACAAAACCCAAAACCAAACCACAGUGAAGACCUGUGGUGGAACCAUUCUGUAGUCUGAUUGUGCUGGUGUCUGCAUGAAGCUGUAUGUGACACCACUGCACUGACCUACACGCACACGUAAGUGAGUGUGUGUAUAACUGGAGGAAUCUGAGUAAGUUCUCUUAUCAGCACCAUGCAGACUUUCUGAUCUUAUUCCUGUGUUAUAGUUAUGCAAGAUGUUGGCACUGAGGCAGGGUAAAGGGCCCAUGGGCCUCUCUGCACGUUUCUUUGGAAUUUCCCAUGAAUAUAUAAUUAUUUCAAAAUUAAAAGUUUUUAAAAGUAGACAGAGUACUUAACAAACCUCUACAUGUCUGUCAGAUGCAUCUGCAAUUAUCUGUUUAUGGCCAAUCUGGUUUUAUUUGGAUCUCCCACUUUUACUUCUCCCUGAUAUUAUCAGGAAGCAAUUCCCAGGCUUCACAUCAUUUUAUCACAAAUAUUUCAGUAAAAGUAAGUUUCUUUUUUUUACACAUGGCCAUAAUUCUAUGAAUAAUUUUAGUGUGCUAGGCAUCUACUUCCUAUAUAUUUUUGCCUCCUUUAUCCAUCAGGUUUCA